AUGAAUAAGGAGCACGAUACAGCUCAAAUCUACAUCGCACCUGACAUGCCCAUUCAGGAGGCGAUGGAACCCGAGAUAGAUUACGAAGGUCUGGGGGGAAACUAUCCUAUUCAUAUCAACAUGCUUGCUGGCUCGCUCGCAGGGAUCACUGAGCAUUCCGUUAUGUUUCCUGUGGACCUUGUACGGACCCGCAUGCAAGUAUUGACAACCUCACCUUCCACAUCAUACACAGGCAUCUUGAACGCAUUCUCUCGUAUCAGUUCUGCAGAAGGUUUUCGUGCACUUUGGAAAGGUGUUGCAUCAGUUGUUCUGGGUGCAGGACCGGCUCAUGCCCUAUACUUUGGAACGUACGAAUUUAUGAAGGACGUCAUGGGUGGCAAUGAAGCUGGCUUCCAGUUUCUUAGUACGUCUGUCGCCGGUGCCUCUGCAACCAUUGUCUCCGAUGCAUUCAUGAAUCCAUUUGAUGUGAUCAAACAGCGGAUGCAGCUCUUUGGAAGCUCGUACAGGUCCGUCGCUCAUUGUGCUCGCUCGCUGUACCGUGCUGAAGGACUUCGUGCUUUCUAUCUAUCAUAUCCCACUACACUUACCAUGACGGUUCCAUUCACGGCAAUUCAAUUUGUUGCGUAUGAAUGGGCCCAAAGUCUCAUGAAUCCGUCAAGUACUUACUCGCCUCUCUCGCAUGCCGUAUCAGGUGGGUUUGCUGGUGCAAUGGCUGCAGCUUGUACGACUCCUCUGGAUGUGGCCAAGACCAUGCUUCAAACGAGCGGAAGCAGCUCAGAUCCGGAGAUUCGCAGAGUGACGACCAUGGGCAGUGCAUUCAAGACUAUUUAUGCACGCGAGGGUUUACGUGGAUUCGCUCGUGGACUAUCACCACGAAUCUUCACGCAUAUGCCCUCCAAUGCAUUGUGCUGGCUCUCGUACGAAGGGUUCCGGUUCGCAAUACAGGAGUAUCGUGGGUAG